UUAGCCUGCGCAUGCGCAAUGAGUCUUGUUUGUUUUGAUACUUUCUGUUUUGCCGCGAAAAAAUGUUCAGUAAUAGCGGUACGUCAGUAUCUUUUCACCGUCCUGCUCCAGUUUUCACGACAGAAGAGCGUCCCUUGUCUACCAAAAAAAGCCCGAGGCACACCAAGGUUUGCUGCACCUCCAAGAGCCCCAGUCAAGAGUUGUCCAGUUACAAGAAUAUUUUCACGAGUAAAUGACUGUGAUGGACCUCAGCCUGUGUCAUUCCGGGAAGAUUCAGACACUUCCUUCAUUGUUCAGAGUUCAGUGUACAGUGCAAAGAAGCCUGAGCUGUACUUUGAACAAUGUUACACCAUAGAGGAAAAGCUUGGUGCUGGCUCCUUUGGGGAAGUGUAUCGCGUGAGGAGCAAAGAGGAUGGAUCCCUGUAUGCCUGUAAGAAGACUCUACUUCGAUUUCGUGGUGAAGGAGACAGGCAGAGACGAAUGAAAGAAGUGCAGAAGCAUGAGAAGUUGGCAAAGCACAAUAACUGUGUACAAUUCUACCGUGCGUGGGAGGAGCGGCAACACCUUUACCUCCUAACUGAAUUGUGCAGAACAUCCUUGGCAGAUGUAGCAGAAGACCGACAUGAUCUUCCUGAGUCCGUUGUUUGGGAGUACCUUGUGGAUUUGCUACAGGGUGUAAGGCAUUUACACAACCACAAACUUGUUCACAUGGACAUCAAGCCUGACAACAUUUUUAUUGGCUUUGAUGGGCUAUGUAAGCUGGGAGACUUUGGUCUAGUCAUUGAUUUAUCACAGGGUUCAGAUCAUGAAGCUGUGGAAGGAGAUCCAAAGUAUUUGGCACCAGAGGUUAUGAAGUUGGAAUUUGGUCCCCCUGCUGAUCUCUUCAGCUUAGGAAUGACCAUUCUGGAACUAGCCACAGACCUUGACCUUCCGAAACAUGGAGAUGCCUGGCAAAAGCUCAGACAGGGUGAGCUUCCUCCUGCAGCCAAUGGUGUUUCUAAGGAACUACAAAAAUUGUUGCUUGGUCUGCUACAUCCAGAUCCAAAGAAGAGGUUGACAGCUGACCAUGCUCUCUCACUUCCAGUGAUUAAAAGAGUUCUCAUUCGCAAGGGCAUUAAAGAUGCCCUAAGAAAAUCAGUGAUGAGAGUGAAGACUUUGAUGACACAGACUUGGUUCUUCAUUGUCUUUUGUUUGUUCUUCUUAGUGAAGCCUGUUACUUGUCUGUGGAAGAAGACCUCAGAAGAUAAUUUAGACACUUCAAAAUUUAAUACUUCUGGAAUUAAUAUAACUACAGACUUCUCAGAUGGUGAAGGUCUGGAUGAGCACAGUCUUGCCCAACCUCUGUGUGACCUCUCAUCCUCUAGCAGUGAAGGAUCUCAGUUUCUCAGCAAGCCAUGUGUGAACUCUACUCCAAUCAGCUAUGGGAAAAAUUGUAACUCCAUGAUGACCUCACCAACAAACAGAAGCAGCCCACACUCAAGUUCCUAUGAUGAUGGUAGCCCAGUUCUGUUCCGCAAACCCACUCCGCUUUCCCGAAGUAACCAUUCCUUUAGGCAGCAAAUGAAUGAUAGUGGAGCUCUUUCCUCAUCCACCCGUGACCAACUAAGCCCCAUUAAUAUGAGUAAUGAGACAUUCCUCAUUACUUCGAAAAACCUUAUUUCCUUGUUCAAUGCUGCAGAGUUUGAUGAUGAUGAUUAAGCUAUGUACCUCUUUUGUAUUUAUAUGUAUUCAAAAGCUAACAGAGUUCAUCGGUGUACGUUGUAGUAAAUACACUUUAAAAAGUAAUUUGUGAAUGUUUGGUGUGACAGAAAUCACUAAAUACAGCUGUUAUUACUUAGAUCAUUACAGGGGUUUUAGUUUUUGUCAGAAACUAAUAGUCAUCUGCAUUUAUUGAAUUAUUUCACCAAGAAACUAAAAUUAUUAGUUAUACCUUAUUGCAAAUGUGUGUGUGUGUGUGCAUGCAUGUGCAUUUGAGCUUUGCACACAAAGUGCAAAGUGUGUGCACACUGAGUGCACAGUGCAUACAUGUAUAUGUCUUGAAUGGUUGAUCAGUGCAAUGUUGAGGCUGCCUGCAGUUGUAGUGAAUAACCCCAUUUUUUGGCAGAGGAGCAACUGUAGGUUGAUAUCUCUUGUACUAGAAUAAGAGUAGGAAAAAAAUUAUGUUUCUAUUUUAUUUCUCUUUAUAUUUUUCUACAUUGAUUUAUCAUGUUAUGAAAAUACACUAUUGGUUUUGGAUUCAAGGAAUUUACUUUUUAUGUGUGUAGAAGUGGGUUUUCUCAUGUUUUUACUUAAUAUAGAUGUCAUAAUAACAAUCAUCUGAGUUAUUGCAAAACUGCAAUACAUCUGAGCCUAUUGGGAGAUUUAUAAUUAUAUUCUAUCUGAGAUCCAUAACAAAUUUAUAAUAUAUUUUCCUUUUGUUAGUCAUACCCAUACAAAUAAUAGGAGUGUAUAUAUAAUACAUUUAAUACUGAGUUCAUAAUUGAAAAUGUGCAUAUUAUGUGGAACAAAGUUUUCUUAGCAAAGAAAAGAUCCCAAUUGAAUAUGUGAAUCAAGAGUGAUUGUGUUAAGAGAAUUGUUGGAUUUCACAGCUCAAACAAAUAUGAGAAAAUAUGCAUAUCCAAAAGAUUUUCUUUGCUUUGCUAUCAAAUUACUUUUAUUUAUGAAGUUAGUCAUACACUUACAUCAUGUAACAUGUUGGUUACCUUUCUGAUUUGUAGCAUUGUGUACUCAGUUGGUGAUUAAGUAUUUUACAAACAGUUGUUUUCUUGAAGAAAAUAUUAUGAUCAUACUUUUGUAGAAUAUAUUUGCCAUCCAUAUAUCUAAAUCUGUGAUGCCUCAUACUCUAGGAACUCAUUCCAAGGGAGUUGCAGUAACUUACUACAUCUGUGCCUUACUUUGCCUAAUGUUUAUUUUGUGUACAGUAUUUAAGUGCAUCAUGAUGAAGCAAAAACUUCCAUGUCAUCAUGAAUAAUCAAAAUAUUUUACAUAAUUAUAUAAUGAUAAUGUAAGUAAAAUAGCUCUGAUUUUUCCAAAAAAUUUUGUCACAGGAUUUGAUGGAAAAAUGUUCAUGGCCAUUGUUUACUAACCAUUAAUGUCCUUAAAUGUCUUCCAUUUAAAGAAAAAAGUGUUCUCAAAGACAAUCUGGUUUAAAAAAGUAUUAGAGUACAGUUUUGAUGGUGAGGAGAGAUGUACUUCUUAUUUAUAUCAAUUGCAUUGAAAAAUAAAAUCCAGUAAGACUAAAAA